GAGCAGCUGAGAGCCGAGAUCAUCGCUCGUGUUGUGUUCGGCCCGCUUGGAGAAGUCGCUGCGCGUUGAAGUUCCGCGAGGAUUUUUGCUUUGCUUUGUUUUGUUUUGGUUUAUUUUAAAUACGGACGGUUUUCAGGGAGGGUUUAGGGUGUGAGAUACGCCUGCUGUGCCUGCGUCUGCUAACCUGGAGGAGAAACAGCAGUUUAUCAAAGUUGAGGAGAACUCCGCCAGCAGGCAACAUGUCCGCACCAGAGACGGCGCUGAGCUAGCGGCUAACAGAAACCUGCUGCUGCUGGUGGUGAAGGAGAAAAAUGGGACUGUUUUUAAACAGCGCUGAGAAACAGAGAGACUCCUAAUGUUACACAGAAAUGCCCCGCUGUCCUUAGACUGUUAUUGUACACGGUAACGCGUCUGUUGCUGCAGUUUUGUGGAAGAGAGGUAGCUAGCUGGAGGAAAGCUGGCUAGUUAGCUAGGUUAGCUAACCGAACUACCUACCUGUACCUGUCUCUCCAGCAGCAGCUCUGACCUGUCAGGAACUCUGUGAAGAGCUAAAGAUCAGCAGGAACUUUAAGCUCAGCUCUCAGACCCGCUGCUGGAGCUCUGUAGAUAGGUUAACUAACCUACAUGUGCAGAGAUGCUCUCUGCUAUAGGUUUACCCAGUGUUAAUUAACCCUAAAUACUCUGUUUAUUAUAUGAAGUAGGUUAGUCUGACUGGGUUAUCUGCAGCAGAGUUUAAUAAUGCGCAGUUUGUGAGGGAGCUCGCGCGGCUUCCCGUUUCAAUGCUGGGUUUUGUGGAGGAUGAUGCUGGUGAACUGGCUGAUUUCAGUCAUAAACAGAAGAAUCAUGAAGCUCCUCGUCGCCCUCGCGCUCAUCGCGUACAUCGCCUCUGUCUGGGGAACCUACACCAAUAUGAGGUCCAUCCAGGAGCAUGGAGAAACGAAGAUCGAACAAAGAAUAGAUGAGGCCGUGGCGCCACUGAGGGAGAAGAUUCGGGACCUUGAGCUUAGUUUUACCCAAAGAUAUCCACCUGUGAAGUUUCUGUCCGAGAAGGAUCGAAAGAGGAUUUUGAUUACUGGUGGUGCAGGCUUUGUGGGGUCUCACCUGACAGAUAAGCUGAUGAUGGACGGUCAUGAGGUGACUGUCGUUGAUAACUUCUUUACCGGCCGCAAGCGAAAUGUAGAACACUGGAUCGGUCAUGAGAAUUUUGAGCUCAUCAACCAUGAUGUGGUGGAACCAUUAUAUAUUGAAGUGGACCAGAUCUAUCACUUGGCUUCCCCUGCAUCUCCACCCAAUUACAUGUAUAAUCCCAUCAAGACCCUCAAAACCAACACCAUUGGCACUCUCAAUAUGCUUGGUCUGGCCAAGAGAGUGGGAGCUCGGCUGCUUCUCGCUUCCACUUCAGAAGUUUAUGGAGACCCUGAGGUGCAUCCUCAGAAUGAGGACUACUGGGGUCAUGUGAACCCGAUUGGACCUAGAGCUUGUUACGAUGAAGGGAAGCGUGUUGCAGAGACCAUGUGUUACGCCUACAUGAAGCAGGAAGGUGUGGAGGUACGAGUGGCAAGGAUCUUCAACACCUUUGGCUCUCGUAUGCACAUGAACGAUGGCCGAGUGGUCAGUAACUUCAUCUUGCAGGCUCUACAGGGAGAGCCACUGACGGUUUAUGGAUCAGGAUCUCAAACAAGAGCAUUCCAGUAUGUCAGUGAUCUUGUGAAUGGCCUUGUGUCCCUAAUGAACAGUAAUGUCAGCAGUCCUGUUAACUUGGGAAACCCGGAAGAGCACACCAUAUUGGAAUUUGCUCAGCUUAUUAAAAGCCUGGUUGGGAGUCGCAGUUAUAUUCAGUUUCUCCCGGAGGCGCAGGAUGACCCUCAAAGACGCCGACCAGAUAUCCGGAAGGCCAAAAUGCUACUGGGCUGGGAGCCUGUGGUUCCGCUGGAGGAAGGGCUGAACAAAACUAUCCAGUACUUCAGCAAAGAGCUGGAACAUCAAGCCAAUAACCAGUAUAUCCCUAAACCCAAGGCAGCCCGGAUAAAGAAAGGCAGACCAAGACACAUCUGAAGAACGGACUUUCUCUCAGGGAUGUUGAGAUUCUGGAGGAUUUUAGAGCCUCUACCUGCCAUUUUACACAAACGGGGGUUCUCCCUUAAAAUGAACAUUUAGAAAAAAACAAAAACAUUUCCUGGAUGUUUUUCUUUUAUUUUUUCUCUAUUUUGUUUGCAAUUUUUUGAAAAGCAGCUGUAGGUAAGAACUCUCUCCGUCAUGCUUGCUUUUCAGACAUGUGCCUCAGUAAAAGAAUAAAACAAACAAAAAAAAAACAAAGCAAUUUAAAUGCUUCAGAGUCCUUGCCUUGCACUUUGAAUUUGUCAAUCAUCUGUUAUUUAAGGUAAAGCUUAAAAAAAAAAACUCCACAUUGUGUUUUUGCAUUCAUGCUGUGCAGUUUUGACUGUAAUGAUUUUUAUUGGUGGUGUUGAUUCUGUGAGCCUUUUGCACAGACACUCCUUUUCAAUGUUAAGAUUCAGAGAGAAACUUUGGAGGCUGUGAGUUCCUGUUUAUUUAUCUUGAAUGUGCAGCCCAGAACAGCAAGCCUCUUUUUGCCCUGUUCUGGAAGACGAAGCAAAAAGAGAGGAACAAACGGUGAAAGAGACUGAACUGCUUUAUUUUAUUGUGAUUUAAGCAAUGUUUAAGUAUAGCCACCAUCACACUUCACACAAAUCUCAGAUACUUUAAUGAAUUUCAGGUGGAAUAAAUAUUUUAAUAAAAUAUUUACACAGAUUUUUUCUUCA